UAUUGAAGAAUAUAAUUCCUCUUUUAACAUCUAGUUUAUUUGCCUAGGUUGGAUUAUCUCAAGAUGCCCAGGAUCAAAUGAGAAAGAUGCUUUGCCAAAAAGAGUCUAAUUACAUCCGUCUUAAAAGGGCUAAAAUGGACAAGUCUAUGUUUGUGAAGAUAAAGACACUAGGAAUAGGAGCAUUUGGUGAAGUCUGUCUAGCAAGAAAAGUUGAUACUAAGGCUUUGUAUGCAACAAAAACUCUUAGAAAGAAAGAUGUUCUGCUUCGAAAUCAAGUUGCUCAUGUUAAAGCUGAGAGAGAUAUCCUGGCUGAAGCUGACAAUGAAUGGGUAGUUCGUCUAUAUUAUUCCUUCCAAGACAAAGACAAUCUAUACUUUGUAAUGGAUUACAUUCCUGGGGGUGAUAUGAUGAGCCUGUUAAUUAGAAUGGGCAUCUUUCCAGAAAACCUGGCACGAUUCUACAUAGCAGAACUUACCUGUGCUGUCGAAAGUGUUCAUAAAAUGGGUUUUAUUCAUAGAGAUAUUAAACCUGAUAACAUUUUGAUUGAUCGAGAUGGACAUAUUAAAUUGACUGACUUCGGCCUCUGCACUGGCUUCAGGUGGACACAUGAUUCUAAGUACUAUCAGAGUG